UUUACGGAGGAAAUAAGUGAUCGCUGAGAAAACAGAUUUCAUUAUAGAUCGCCGAGCCUCCUUGAUAUGUGCAUUAGUGUUCCGCAUCGCUGUGAACAAGCCUACUCUGUGUUAUCGGCGAGAGUGAUUACGAGUGUUAAGUGAAGAUGCGUUCUAAAGACAAACCUCCUACUCGCAGUGAGAUCCUGAGGAAUUUCACCCGCGAAUUCUUGAUCGAAGAGAAGAGGAGAUGCGAGAUAGACAGAUACGUGACAGAUUUUCGUAUAUUGAUCCAUAGUAGACCGCAUGAGAAUCACAACUAUCUGAACCGGCUUCUUCAGGACUACACCAACAUGUUCCUUGCCCAUGAGAGGAUAUCUGCCAACAGACUGAACCAGGACGAAAUGAAAUACCAGCUCAAGAGUCAAUUGGCCUCCAGGAAGAAAGAUUCACCAAAGCAAAGGUACGUGCAAUCUAAGUUAUCACACAAAAAUGAUAAGAAUCACGAACAUCAAAGUUACCUAGUUUUAAAAGCUAAAACCGAGGAGUUCUUGAAGAAGAUUCGGCAAUACGAUGAAUUGGAGCAAAUAGCUUAUGAAAUUUUCGUCAAAAAUUCCGAACUGAAGACUUAUGAACCGAAUACUGUUUUGAAACUCAAAAGUUCUGAUGAUAUCCCUCUAGAUAUACCCUACAAGAAACAUUACAGAAAUGUUUAUACUGUCAAUAGUCCUAAGGAUAACAAAAAUAACGAAAAUUACGAGUUCAUUAAAGAACAAACCGAAAAAUUUUUGUCCAACAAUAGAGAUUACAAUGAUGCGGAACAAAAAAUUCUCUCCGAGCAAUAUCAAAAAAACCCCAUUAUCAAAAAAUACGUGGACUCUCUAACACGCUCAGCUAAAUCCAAAAACGACCCUCAAAACCCAAAAAGAGGUAUUUACUCCAAAAUCAAGACUAUGAUUGGUUUCUCCCCUGAAAAAUCAACGAAAUUCUACAAAACUCUUGAAAGCAACCUUGGAAAUCUCACAGACAACACUAAAAUAUUUUUGAGAAAUGAAAGAAAAUACAAUAAUUCCGAAUUCGAAGCUUACAAAUUGUUUUAUAUAAAAAACGGUGAGUUUCAGAAUCCAUUGAUAGAAAAAAUCAAACAAAUUGCGUACGAGACUCAGAAAGACUCCACAGAUAAUCCCAAAAAAAUCAAGAUUAAACAUUUGGUCGGUAUGAAAAAUGCAAGAAAUCAGGAUCGAGGAAACUCUGAAAAAGAAGAAUUCGAAGAUUACAAUCUUGUAAAAUGUUCACCACCUGCAAACAAUGAGCCUGAAUCGAAAAUGAAAGAUAUACAUUUUCAGUUCCAAUCACCGAAACAAAGUUCAGGGACAGCUGAAAACACCAAUAAAAUACAACCUGAUGUCGAUUUCAAAUAUCGUUUAAAAAAUAUAAAUGAGUUUUUGGAGAAACAAAAACUUUUUGAGGAUCAACAGAGAUACUACUAUGUGAUUCACAUGAGAAAACACCAUAUAAACCCGGUGAAAGAAAGAAAAGAAGGCUUAUUCGCCAAAAUCAAACACCUGUUCUUUGGGAAAAAUGAGAAAUCCAAAGAAAAAACUAAGUAUUUCAAAGACAUAACUCAAGAGUUCUUGAAAAACGAACAAUAUUUUUAUGAUUUAGAGACGCAAGGUCACAUAAUAUUUUCAGGUAAUAAAAGCAACAGAAAUGCUUCAAUUCUAACAGAUUCGAGAAGUCUAGAAUCCUCAAAAAUUAUCGCGAAAAGAAUUUCUCCAGAUAGUUCUAAAAAAUCACCCGAAAAGAAAUCAGUCGAAAAUAAAGUGUUUGAGGAAACAGCAUCUCUUGCUGAGAAAAAUAAAACCUCGAAAAAACGUGAGAAAUCCAGAACGUCACCUCCAUCGUUACACCAAAGGAGCAGAUCAGAAGACUUACUGAUGUUCAAAACAAGAACCAAGAGUUUGGAUGGCAAUAAGUCACCUACUGGUCAUAAAACAUUCUCAGAUCGUCUAAAAAGUAUGGUUGGAAUAGGAAACAGACGAAGAACAAAAUCUCGUGAUAAUAUACUGCGUUCUUCUGAUCCUGUUCAGAAUUUUAUUAACCAUGAAAGAUUUUAUUAUGAUGGUGUACCCAAAAUCGAUCAAAAGUAUGCCAGAAGUAUUUCUUCAAUAGAACAUAUGCCUAAGGAUGGAACAAUCAAAACAAAAACGAAAAAGUUUUUAUCUACCGAAAAUGUUCUUUAUCAAGAUAACAGCAAUGUGGUUGGCAAACCACCAACUGGAAGGCGAAGAAGGGACGAAAGAAAUCGAGAUAGCAAAGAGAGAAGAAGGAGCAGAACUCUCUCACCUGCACAGAAAUUAGUUUCAAAAAUAAGAAAUUUAGUACAUAAAAACGACAAACAAAAAGAAGAUCCCAACCUAGAAGGAAAUGAAAUGUCUUCUUCAGAUAACAAAGGUCCGAAUAAUCAGUUAGAAGCUACUUCUGUGAAGACAGAUGAUUCAUUACAGGAAAAACAUAUAAAGAAAGAUAAUUCAAAUAAUCAGAAAAAUGCAUCAGUAAAUAAAUCUAUUGUUGCAGAGAAAAAGGUCGACAUUAAUAAUUUAAAUCCUGAGUUUAUGAAAAAUCAAACAAGAAUAUUUUUACAAGAUAUCAAGAAAUAUCACGAUUUGGACAAAGGACCAGAUACUGUCGAUAAAACACUUAUUUUCAUCAAUAAUAAAAGUAAAUCUACACCAGUUUUUGUGUCAACAGAAGUCAAAUCAAUGGAUGGGAAAGAAAAUGUAGGUUCUUCGAAACUAAAGCUUGUAGAAAGUAACAACAUUACCCACCAUAAGUAUUCUACAACUGAGACGAGACAAAAAGUAGUACGCAAUACCAUUAUCAAAGAAUCGGUAAUAACACAACGGACGACGACUGAGAAAAUACAGAAAGAAUGUAUUGAAGAAUUUCCCACCCAAGAUACGAAAUCCAACACGAAUAUAGAAACGAAAAAAAUAUCAAUUGAGUUUUCUCCCAACGAAGAACAUUUUUAUGAAAAUAUGUUUGUUACAAAGGAUGGCCUAUCGGAAAGUAAUCCAAUGCAGAGCUCCAAGGAAGAAGAAUAUUCUGCUCAAACAGGUAGAAAUAUAAAUAAUUAUUCAAAAAGCCAUUCAACAUAUAGUGAGACGAAAGGAAUCGAUGAAUCUGAAAAUACGAUUAUCGAAAAAGAUGAAAAAAUUCAUUUACCACGAACGAUAGAAGAAAAAGUGCAGAAUUCGAAGGAAACGAACAUAACUUAUGAGCAAGGACAUUUACGAAAAAUGAUAUCUAUUAAAACUGAAACUCAGAGAGAACCAACGAAUAAAUCGUUAGAUGAAUUUUCAUCGGUAAUGGAUCCCAACGGCAAACUGAUCAAAAUUAAAAAUGAUGAAUAUUUGGAAAGGCAGCAAAGGCUCGACGAUGAGAUGAAGAAAUUAAGUAGAGAACGAAAAAAUAUGAACACAGCCAUGAGUGAAGUCGCAGUAGAAGUAGCGCCCAAAAAUAUUGAGAAUUCAUCGGUAAAGCAUGAAGAACCGAAAAAGAAAGCUCAGGAUCCCGUGGAAAUCAUCAAAAAAGAACAAAUACUAAUAGCUGCGGAAAAACAAUCAUCGGCAAACAAGAGACUUGCAAAGUUCCCAGAAAAAGAAGAAAAACCGAAAAAGGAAUUGAAGAAAACUCAGAUUCCUCAGAAAGUAAUCAAAGAAGAAGUUAUAAUAGAAGCUGCAGAAAAACAAUCUUCUGCACCAAAGAGACUUGAAAAGUCACCUGAAAAAGAAGAAAAACCGAAAAAGAGUGCGUUCUCAAAAUUGAAGACAUUCGUGAGUGGGACAUCGAAGAAACCAACCGCUGAAGAAAGUAAUAAACCACUUCGGCAACAAACCAGUGAGUUCCUCGAUGAUAUGAGAAAGAACCAUGACCAUGACAAAGAUGCAAUGGCCAAGUACAAAAUAGUAUGGCUUGAGGAAAAGAAAGUAACAGCUACUAAAGUACCGAAACAGCAAUCUGAACCAGUCAAACUAGUUGCAAAUAGUGAAAAGGAAAAACAGAGACUAAAGUUGAUCAGACAGAAUACCGAUAAUUUCCUCAAGGAUCAUCAAGAUUAUCACAACAGACAGAGAAUAGAUGACAAUCAAUUCUUCACAAAGAUUGGCCAACCAGAACAUCUUAUAUGGCUGUCAUCAAGACCUGCAAAGAAAAAGGAUAAUAUAAUCACCAAAGUAAAGAAUUUGAUGUCCCCUCAGCAAUCCAAAAAGACUAUUCCAACCGUAGUGGAUCCCAAUGAUAAAAUUAUGAGAGACCAAACUGAUGAAUUCUUGAAGAAGCAUCAAUACCUUAUUCACAAAGAGGAGUUGGAAUUCAAGAAAACUCAGAUUCCUCAGAAUGUAAUCAAAGAAGAAAUUAUUAUAGAAGCUGCAGAAAAACAAUCUUCUGCACCCAAGAGACUUGAAAAGUCACCUGAAAAAGAAGAACAACCGAAAAAGAGUGCGUUCUUAAAAUUAAAAACCUUCGUGAGUGGAACAUCGAAGAAACCAACCGCUGAAGAAAGUAAUAAACUACUUCGGCAACAAACCAGUGAGUUCCUCGAUGAUAUGAGAAAGAACCAUGACCAUGACAAAGAUGCAAUGGCCAAGUACAAAAUAGUAUGGCUUGAGGAAAAGAAAGUAACAGCUACUAAAGUACCGAAACAGCAAUCUGAACCAGUCAAACUAGUUGCAAUUAAUGAAAAGGAAAAACAGAGACUAAAAUUGAUCAGACAGAGUACCGAUAAUUUCCUCAAGGAUCAUCAAGAUUAUCACAACAGACAGAGAAUAGAUGACAAUCAAUUCUUCACAAAGGUUGGCCAACCAGAACAUCUUAUAUGGCUGUCAUCAAGACCUGCAAAGAAAAAGGAUAAUAUAAUCACCAAAGUAAAGAAUUUGAUGUCCCCUCAGCAAUCCAAGAAGACUAUUCCAACCGUAGUGGAUCCCAAUGAUAAAAUUAUGAGAGACCAAACUGAUGAAUUCUUGAAGAAGCAUCAAUACCUUAUUCACAAAGAGGAGUUGGAAUUCAAGAAAACUCAGAUUCCUCCGAAUGUGAUCAAAGAAGAAAUUAUUAUAGAAGCUGCAGAAAAACAAUCUUCUGCACCCAAGAGACUUGAAAAGUCACCUGAAAAAGAAGAAAAACCGAAAAAGAGUGCGUUCUCAAAAUUGAAGACAUUCGUGAGUGGGACAUCGAAGAAACCAACCGCUGAAGAAAGUAAUAAACCACUUCGGCAACAAACCAGUGAGUUCCUCGAUGAUAUGAGAAAGAACCAUGACCAUGACAAAGAUGCAAUGGCCAAGUACAAAAUAGUAUGGCUUGAGGAAAAGAAAGUAACAGCUACUAAAGUACCGAAACAGCAAUCUGAACCAGUCAAACUAGUUGCAAAUAGUGAAAAGGAAAAACAGAGACUAAAAUUGAUCAGACAGAAUACCGAUAAUUUCCUCAAGGAUCAUCAAGAUUAUCACAACAGACAGAGAAUAGAUGACAAUCAAUUCUUCACAAAGGUUGGCCAACCAGAACAUCUUAUAUGGCUGUCAUCAAGACCUGCAAAGAAAAAGGAUAAUAUAAUCACCAAAGUAAAGAAUUUGAUGUCCCCUCAGCAAUCCAAGAAGACUAUUCCAACUGUAGUGGAUCCCAAUGAUAAAAUUAUGAGAGAUCAAACUGAUGAAUUCUUAAUGAAGCAUCAAUACCUUAUUCACAAGGAGGAAUUGGAAUUCAAGAAAACUCAGAUUCCUCAGAAAGUAAUCAAAGAAGAAAUUAUUAUAGAAGCUGCGGAAAAAAAAUCUUCUGCUCCCAAGAGACUUGAGAAGUCACCAGAAAAAGAAGAAAAACCGAAAAAGAGUACGUUCUCAAAAUUGAAGACAUUCGUGAGUGGGACAUCGAAAAAACCAACCGCUGAAGAAAGUAAUAAACUACUUCGAAAACAAACAAGUGAGUUCCUCGAUGAUAUGAGAAAGAACCAUGACCAUGACAAAGAUGCAAUGGCCAAGUACAAAAUAGUAUGGCUUGAGGAAAAGAAAGUAACAGCUACUAAAGUACCGAAACAGCAAUCUGAACCAGUCAAACUAGUUGCAAUUAAUGAAAAGGAAAAACAGAGACUAAAAUUGAUCAGACAGAGUACCGAUAAUUUCCUCAAGGAUCAUCAAGAUUAUCACAACAGACAGAGAAUAGAUGACAAUCAAUUCUUCACAAAGGUUGGCCAACCAGAACAUCUUAUAUGGCUGUCAUCAAGACCUGCAAAGAAAAAGGAUAAUAUAAUCACCAAAGUAAAGAAUUUGAUGUCCCCUCAGCAAUCCAAGAAGACUAUUCCAACUGUAGUGGAUCCCAAUGAUAAAAUUAUGAGAGAUCAAACUGAUGAAUUCUUAAUGAAGCAUCAAUACCUUAUUCACAAGGAGGAAUUGGAAUUCAAGAAAACUCAGAUUCCUGUGAAAGUUAUCAAAGAAGAAAUUAUUAUAGAAGCUGCAGAAAAACAAUCUUCUGCACCCAAGAGACUUGAAAAGUCACCUGAAAAAGAAGAAAAACCGAAAAAGAGUGCGUUCUCAAAAUUGAAGACAUUCGUGAGUGGGACAUCGAAGAAACCAACCGCUGAAGAAAGUAAUAAACCACUUCGGCAACAAACCAGUGAGUUCCUCGAUGAUAUGAGAAAGAACCAUGACCAUGACAAAGAUGCAAUGGCCAAGUACAAAAUAGUAUGGCUUGAGGAAAAGAAAGUAACAGCUACUAAAGUACCGAAACAGCAAUCUGAACCAGUCAAACUAGUUGCAAAUAGUGAAAAGGAAAAACAGAGACUAAAAUUGAUCAGACAGAAUACCGAUAAUUUCCUCAAGGAUCAUCAAGAUUAUCACAACAGACAGAGAAUAGAUGACAAUCAAUUCUUCACAAAGGUUGGCCAACCAGAACAUCUUAUAUGGCUGUCAUCAAGACCUGCAAAGAAAAAGGAUAAUAUAAUCACCAAAGUAAAGAAUUUGAUGUCCCCUCAGCAAUCCAAGAAGACUAUUCCAACUGUAGUGGAUCCCAAUGAUAAAAUUAUGAGAGAUCAAACUGAUGAAUUCUUAAUGAAGCAUCAAUACCUUAUUCACAAGGAGGAAUUGGAAUUCAAGAAAACUCAGAUUCCUGUGAAAGUUAUCAAAGAAGAAAUUAUUAUAGAAGCUGCAGAAAAACAAUCUUCUGCACCCAAGAGACUUGAAAAGUCACCUGAAAAAGAAGAAAAACCGAAAAAGAGUGCGUUCUCAAAAUUGAAGACUUUCGUGAGUGGAACAUCGAAGAAACCAACCGCUGAAGAAAGUAAUAAACUACUUCGGCAACAAACAAGUGAGUUCCUCGAUGAUAUGAGAAAGAACCAUGACUAUGACAAAGAUGCAAUGGCCAAGUACAAAAUAGUAUGGCUCGAGGAAAAGAAAGUAACAGCUACUAAAGUACCGAAACAGCAAUCUGAACCAGUCAAACUAGUUGCAAUUAGUGAAAAGGAAAAACAGAGACUAAAAUUGAUCAGACAGAAUACCGAUAAUUUCCUCAAGGAUCAUCAAGAUUAUCACAACAGACAGAGAAUAGAUGACAAUCAAUUCUUCACAAAGGUUGGCCAACCAGAACAUCUUAUAUGGCUGUCAUCAAGACCUGCAAAGAAAAAGGAUAAUAUAAUCACCAAAGUAAAGAAUUUGAUGUCCCCUCAGCAAUCCAAGAAGACUAUUCCAACUGUAGUGGAUCCCAAUGAUAAAAUUAUGAGAGAUCAAACUGAUGAAUUCUUAAUGAAGCAUCAAUACCUUAUUCACAAGGAGGAAUUGGAAUUCAAGAAAACUCAGAUUCCUGUGAAAGUUAUCAAAGAAGAAAUUAUUAUAGAAGCUGCAGAAAAACAAUCUUCUGCACCCAAGAGACUUGAAAAGUCACCUGAAAAAGAAGAAAAACCGAAAAAGAGUGCGUUCUCAAAAUUGAAGACCUUCGUGAGUGGAACAUCGAAGAAACCAACCGCUGAAGAAAGUAAUAAACUACUUCGACAACAAACAAGUGAGUUCCUCGAUGAUAUGAGAAAGAACCAUGACUAUGACAAAGAUGCAAUGGCCAAGUACAAAAUAGUAUGGCUCGAGGAAAAGAAAGUAACAGCUACUAAAGUACCGAAACAGCAAUCUGAACCAGUCAAACUAGUUGCAAUUAGUGAAAAGGAAAAACAGAGACUAAAAUUGAUCAGACAGAAUACCGAUAAUUUCCUCAAGGAUCAUCAAGAUUAUCACAACAGACAGAGAAUAGAUGACAAUCAAUUCUUCACAAAGGUUGGCCAACCAGAACAUCUUAUAUGGCUGUCAUCAAGACCUGCAAAGAAAAAGGAUAAUAUAAUCACCAAAGUAAAGAAUUUGAUGUCCCCUCAGCAAUCCAAGAAGACUAUUCCAACUGUAGUGGAUCCCAAUGAUAAAAUUAUGAGAGAUCAAACUGAUGAAUUCUUAAUGAAGCAUCAAUACCUUAUUCACAAGGAGGAAUUGGAAUUCAAGAAAACUCAGAUUCCUGUGAAAGUUAUCAAAGAAGAAAUUAUUAUAGAAGCUGCAGAAAAACAAUCUUCUGCACCCAAGAGACUUGAAAAGUCACCUGAAAAAGAAGAAAAACCGAAAAAGAGUGCGUUCUCAAAAUUGAAGACCUUCGUGAGUGGAACAUCGAAGAAACCAACCGCUGAAGAAAGUAAUAAACUACUUCGACAACAAACAAGUGAGUUCCUCGAUGAUAUGAGAAAGAACCAUGACUAUGACAAAGAUGCAAUGGCCAAGUACAAAAUAGUAUGGCUCGAGGAAAAGAAAGUAACAGCUACUAAAGUACCGAAACAGCAAUCUGAACCAGUCAAACUAGUUGCAAUUAGUGAAAAGGAAAAACAGAGACUAAAAUUGAUCAGACAGAAUACCGAUAAUUUCCUCAAGGAUCAUCAAGAUUAUCACAACAGACAGAGAAUAGAUGACAAUCAAUUCUUCACAAAGGUUGGCCAACCAGAACAUCUUAUAUGGCUGUCAUCAAGACCUGCAAAGAAAAAGGAUAAUAUAAUCACCAAAGUAAAGAAUUUGAUGUCCCCUCAGCAAUCCAAGAAGACUAUUCCAACUGUAGUGGAUCCCAAUGAUAAAAUUAUGAGAGAUCAAACUGAUGAAUUCUUAAUGAAGCAUCAAUACCUUAUUCACAAGGAGGAAUUGGAAUUCAAGAAAACUCAGAUUCCUGUGAAAGUUAUCAAAGAAGAAAUUAUUAUAGAAGCUGCAGAAAAACAAUCUUCUUCACCCAAGAGACUUGAAAAGUCACCUGAAAAAGAAGAAAAACCGAAAAAGAGUGCGUUCUCAAAAUUGAAGACCUUCGUGAGUGGAACAUCGAAGAAACCAACCGCUGAAGAAAGUAAUAAACUACUUCGACAACAAACAAGUGAGUUCCUCGAUGAUAUGAGAAAGAACCAUGACUAUGACAAAGAUGCAAUGGCCAAGUACAAAAUAGUAUGGCUCGAGGAAAAGAAAGUAACAGCUACUAAAGUACCGAAACAGCAAUCUGAACCAGUCAAACUAGUUGCAAUUAGUGAAAAGGAAAAACAGAGACUAAAGUUGAUCAGACAGAAUACCGAUAAUUUCCUCAAGGAUCAUCAAGAUUAUCACAACAGACAGAGAAUAGAUGAUAAUCAAUUCUUCACAAAGAUUGGCCAACCAGAACAUCUUAUAUGGCUGUCAUCAAGACCUGCAAAGAAAAAGGAUAAUAUAAUCACCAAAGUAAAGAAUUUGAUGUCCCCUCAGCAAUCCAAGAAGACUAUUCCAACCGUAGUGGAUCCCAAUGAUAAAAUUAUGAGAGACCAAACUGAUGAAUUCUUGAAGAAGCAUCAAUACCUUAUUCACAAGGAGGAAUUGGAAUUCAAGAAAACUCAGAUUCCUCAGAGAGUAAUCAAAGAAGAAAUUAUUAUAGAAGCUGCGGAAAAACAAUCUUCUGCUCCCAAGAGACUUGAGAAGUCACCAGAAAAAGAAGAAAAACCGAAAAAGAGUGCGUUCUCAAAAUUGAAGACCUUCGUGAGUGGGACAUCGAAAAAACCAACCGCUGAAGAAAGUAAUAAACUACUUCGACAACAAACAAGUGAGUUCCUCGAUGAUAUGAGAAAGAACCAUGACUAUGACAAAGAUGCAAUGGCCAAGUACAAAAUAGUAUGGCUUGAGGAAAAGAAAGUAACAGCUACUAAAGUACCGAAACAGCAAUCUGAACCAGUCAAACUAGUUGCAAUUAGUGAAAAGGAGAAACAGAGACUAAAAUUGAUCAGACAGAAUACCGAUAAUUUCCUCAAGGAUCAUCAAGAUUAUCACAACAGACAGAGAAUAGAUGACAAUAAAUUCUUCACAAAGGUUGGCCAACCAGAACAUCUUAUAUGGCUGUCAUCAAGACCUGCAAAGAAAAAGGAUAAUAUAAUCACCAAAGUAAAGAAUUUGAUGUCCCCUCAGCAAUCCAAGAAGACUAUUCCAACCGUAGUGGAUCCCAAUGAUAAAAUUAUGAGAGAUCAAACUGAUGAAUUCUUGAAGAAGCAUCAAUACCUUAUUCACAAGGAGGAAUUGGAAUUCAAGAAAACUCAGAUUCCUGUGGAAGUAAUCAAAGAAGAAAUUAUUAUAGAAGCUGCAGAAAAACAAUCUUCUGCUCCCAAGAGACUUGAAAAGUCACCUGAAAAAGAAGAAAAACCGAAAAAGAGUACGUUCUCAAAAUUGAAGACAUUCGUGAGUGGGACAUCGAAGAAACCAACCGCUGAAGAAAGUAAUAAACCACUUCGGCAACAAACCAGUGAGUUCCUCGAUGAUAUGAGAAAGAACCAUGACCAUGACAAAGAUGCAAUGGCCAAGUACAAAAUAGUAUGGCUUGAGGAAAAGAAAGUAACAGCUACUAAAGUACCGAAACAGCAAUCUGAACCAGUCAAACUAGUUGCAAUUAGUGAAAAGGAAAAACAGCGACUAAAGUUGAUCAGACAGAAUACCGAUAAUUUCCUCAAGGAUCAUCAAGAUUAUCACAACAGACAGAGAAUAGAUGACAAUCAAUUCUUCACAAAGAUUGGCCAACCAGAACAUCUUAUAUGGCUGUCAUCAAGACCUGCAAAGAAAAAGGAUAAUUUAAUCACCAAAGUAAAGAAUUUGAUGUCCCCUCAGCAAUCCAAGAAGACUAUUCCAACCGUAGUGGAUCCCAAUGAUAAAAUUAUGAGAGACCAAACUGAUGAAUUCUUGAAGAAGCAUCAAUACCUUAUUCACAAAGAGGAGUUGGAAUUCAAGAAAACUCAGAUUCCUCAGAAUGUAAUCAAAGAAGAAAUUAUUAUAGAAGCUGCAGAAAAACAAUCUUCUGCACCCAAGAGACUUGAAAAGUCACCUGAAAAAGAAGAAAAACCGAAAAAGAGUGCGUUCUCAAAAUUGAAGACCUUCGUGAGUGGAACAUCGAAGAAACCAACCGCUGAAGAAAGUAAUAAACUACUUCGAAAACAAACAAGUGAGUUCCUCGAUGAUAUGAGAAAGAACCAUGACCAUGACAAAGAUGCAAUGGAAAAGUACAAAAUAGUAUGGCUUGAGGAAAAGAAAGUAACAGCUACUAAAGUACCGAAACAGCAAUCUGAACCAGUCAAACUAGUUGCAAUUAGUGAAAAGGAGAAACAGAGACUAAAAUUGAUCAGACAGAAUACCGAUAAUUUCCUCAAGGAUCAUCAAGAUUAUCACAACAGACAGAGAAUAGAUGACAAUCAAUUCUUCACAAAGGUUGGCCAACCAGAACAUCUUAUAUGGCUGUCAUCAAGACCUGCAAAGAAAAAGGAUAAUAUAAUCACCAAAGUAAAGAAUUUGAUGUCCCCUCAGCAAUCCAAGAAGCCUAUUCCAACCGUAGUGGAUCCCAAUGAUAAAAUUAUGAGAGACCAAACUGAUGAAUUCUUGAAGAAGCAUCAAUACCUUAUUCACAAAGAGGAAUUGGAAUUCAAGAAAACUCAGAUUCCUCAGAAAGUUAUCAAAGAAGAAAUUAUUAUAGAAGCUGCAGAAAAACAAUCUUCUGCACCUAAAAGACUUGAAAAGUCACCUGAAAAAGAAGAAAAACCGAAAAAGAGUACGUUCUCAAAAUUGAAGACAUUCGUGAGUGGGACAUCGAAAAAACCAACCGCUGAAGAAAGUAAUAAACUACUUCGAAAACAAACAAGUGAGUUCCUCGAUGAUAUGAGAAAGAACCAUGACCUUGACAAAGAUGCAAUGGAAAAGUACAAAAUAGUAUGGCUUGAGGAAAAGAAAGUAACAGCUACUAAAGUACCGAAACAGCAAUCUGAACCAGUCAAACUAGUUGCAAUUAGUGAAAAGGAAAAACAGAGACUAAAGUUGAUCAGACAGAAUACCGAUAAUUUCCUCAAGGAUCAUCAAGAUUAUCACAACAGACAGAGAAUAGAUGAUAAUCAAUUCUUCACAAAGAUUGGCCAACCAGAACAUCUUAUAUGGCUGUCAUCAAGACCUGCAAAGAAAAAGGAUAAUAUAAUCACCAAAGUAAAGAAUUUGAUGUCCCCUCAGCAAUCCAAGAAGACUAUUCCAACCGUAGUGGAUCCCAAUGAUAAAAUUAUGAGAGACCAUACUGAUGAAUUCUUGAAGAAGCAUCAAUACCUUAUUCACAAGGAGGAAUUGGAAUUCAAGAAAACUCAGAUUCCUCAGAAAGUAAUCAAAGAAGAAAUUAUUAUAGAAGCUGCAGAAAAACAAUCUUCUGCACCCAAGAGACUUGAAAAGUCACCUGAAAAAGAAGAAAAACCGAAAAAGAGUGCGUUCUCAAAAUUGAAGACUUUCGUGAGUGGAACAUCGAAGAAACCAACCGCUGAAGAAAGUAAUAAACUACUUCGGCAACAAACAAGUGAGUUCCUCGAUGAUAUGAGAAAGAACCAUGACUAUGACAAAGAUGCAAUGGCCAAGUACAAAAUAGUAUGGCUCGAGGAAAAGAAAGUAACAGCUACUAAAGUACCGAAACAGCAAUCUGAACCAGUCAAACUAGUUGCAAUUAGUGAAAAGGAAAAACAGAGACUAAAAUUGAUCAGACAGAGUACCGAUACUUUCCUCAAGGAUCAUCAAGAUUAUCACAACAGACAGAGAAUAGAUGACAAUCAAUUCUUCACAAAGGUUGGCCAACCAGAACAUCUUAUAUGGCUGUCAUCAAGACCUGCAAAGAAAAAGGAUAAUAUAAUCACCAAAGUAAAGAAUUUGAUGUCCCCUCAGCAAUCCAAGAAGACUAUUCCAACCGUAGUGGAUCCCAAUGAUAAAAUUAUGAGAGACCAAACUGAUGAAUUCUUGAAGAAGCAUCAAUACCUUAUUCACAAGGAGGAAUUGGAAUUCAAGAAAACUCAGAUUCCUCAGAAAGUAAUCAAAGAAGAAAUUAUUAUAGAAGCUGCGGAAAAACAAUCUUCUGCUCCCAAGAGACUUGAGAAGUCACCAGAAAAAGAAGAAAAACCGAAAAUGAGUGCGUUCUCAAAGUUGAAGACCUUCGUGAGUGGAACAUCGAAGAAACCAACCGCUGAAGAAAGUAAUAAACUACUUCGAAAACAAACAAGUGAGUUCCUCGAUGAUAUGAGAAAGAACCAUGACUAUGACAAAGAUGCAAUGGCCAAGUACAAAAUAGUAUGGCUCGAGGAAAAGAAAGUAACAGCUACUAAAGUACCGAAACAGCAAUCUGAACCAGUCAAACUAGUUGCAAUUAGUGAAAAGGAAAAACAGAGACUAAAAUUGAUCAGACAGAGUACCGAUACUUUCCUCAAGGAUCAUCAAGAUUAUCACAACAGACAGAGAAUAGAUGACAAUCAAUUCUUCACAAAGGUUGGCCAACCAGAACAUCUUAUAUGGCUGUCAUCAAGACCUGCAAAGAAAAAGGAUAAUAUAAUCACCAAAGUAAAGAAUUUGAUGUCCCCUCAGCAAUCCAAGAAGACUAUUCCAACCGUAGUGGAUCCCAAUGAUAAAAUUAUGAGAGAUCAAACUGAUGAAUUCUUAAUGAAGCAUCAAUACCUUAUUCACAAGGAGGAAUUGGAAUUCAAGAAAACUCAGAUUCCUGUGAGAGUUAUCAAAGAAGAAAUUAUUAUAGAAGCUGCAGAAAAACAAUCUUCUGCACCCAAGAGACUUGAAAAGUCACCUGAAAAAGAAGAAAAACCGAAAAAGAGUGCGUUCUCAAAAUUGAAGACCUUCGUGAGUGGAACAUCGAAGAAACCAACCGCUGAAGAAAGUAAUAAACUACUUCGGCAACAAACAAGUGAGUUCCUCGAUGAUAUGAGAAAGAACCAUGACCAUGACAAAGAUGCAAUGGCCAAGUACAAAAUAGUAUGGCUUGAGGAAAAGAAAGUAACAGCUACUAAAGUACCGAAACAGCAAUCUGAACCAGUCAAACUAGUUGCAAUUAGUGAAAAGGAAAAACAGAGACUAAAGUUGAUCAGACAGAAUACCGAUAAUUUCCUCAAGGAUCAUCAAGAUUAUCACAACAGACAGAGAAAAGAGGAUAAUAAAUUCUUCACGAAGGUUGGCCAGCCAGAACAUCUUAUAUGGCUGUCAUCAAGACCUGCAAAGAAAAAGGAUAAUAUAAUCACCAUAGUAAAGAAUUUGAUGUCCCCUCAGCAAUCCAAGAAGACUAUUCCAACCGUAGUGGAUCCCAAUGAUAAAAUUAUGAGAGACCAAACUGAUGAAUUCUUGAAGAAGCAUCAAUACCUUAUUCACAAGGAGGAAUUGGAAUUCAAGAAAACUCAGAUUCCUCAGAAAGUAAUCAAAGAAGAAAUUAUUAUAGAAGCUGCGGAAAAACAAUCUUCUGCUCCCAAGAGACUUGAGAAGUCACCAGAAAAAGAAGAAAAACCGAAAAUGAGUGCGUUCUCAAAGUUGAAGACCUUCGUGAGUGGAACAUCGAAGAAACCAACCGCUGAAGAAAGUAAUAAACUACUUCGAAAACAAACAAGUGAGUUCCUCGAUGAUAUGAGAAAGAACCAUGACUAUGACAAAGAUGCAAUGGCCAAGUACAAAAUAGUAUGGCUCGAGGAAAAGAAAGUAACAGCUACUAAAGUACCGAAACAGCAAUCUGAACCAGUCAAACUAGUUGCAAUUAGUGAAAAGGAAAAACAGAGACUAAAGUUGAUCAGACAGAAUACCGAUAAUUUCCUCAAGGAUCAUCAAGAUUAUCACAACAGACAGAGAAAAGAGGAUAAUAAAUUCUUCACGAAGGUUGGCCAGCCAGAACAUCUUAUAUGGCUGUCAUCAAGACCUGCAAAGAAAAAGGAUAAUAUAAUCACCAAAGUAAAGAAUUUGAUGUCCCCUCAGCAAUCCAAGAAGACUAUUCCAACCAUAGUGGAUCCCAAUGAUAAAAUUAUGAGAGAUCAAACUGAUGAAUUCUUGAGGAAGCAUCAAUAUCUCAUCCAUAGAGAAGAAUUCGAUUGCCAGAAAGUUCCAGUUCGUUAUUCAGCGGAGAAACAAUAUUCUGAAUCCAAGAGGAUGAAGAAGUCUCUGGAAAACGAUGUCAAACCAACAAAUUAUUCUCAUGAAUCCAGUAUACCGGAUGAAAUAAAGAAAAUACCUUCUUCGAAAAAAGAUCCUACUGUGGUUGUGAGCGAACUAACCGCUGGAAAAAUAAGUGAGGUUCAGACUGAGACAUUAACAAAACAGCCUAAUGUCAAACCACGCAAGAAUUUAAGAGAAAAAGUGAAAGAUAUCUUAACUGCUAGUAAUCCCACUCCGACUGCAGUAUUUUACUAUGAUACAAACAGCGAAAUGGACACGAACAGUAAAAACUCUGAGCAGGAGAAAAGAGAUAUAUCGGGUGAAGAAAUACAUGUCACAAAUUCACCAUUGUCAGAUGACCAUACUUCUUCAGAUGUACCUUCUGACAACUCAAGUCUAUCUGUACGACAAAAGAAAAAAGUUACAUUUUCGCAAUCUCCUCAGAAGGAAACAACAAACGAUUCUGAAGGAAAUGUUGAAGAGAAAAACGGAGAUAUGAGUUCUGAUUUCACAAAUAUAACUUCAUCUCAGAGAUCGAGUAAACCCUCAGCAAUUCCUCGAAAACAAAUCAGAAAGAAAGUUAAUGCUGUUUUUAUUGAUUCAGCUGAAAUUUUCAAACAAGAUAAAGAACGUUACCUCAUUCAGGAAACCAGCGAAUUCCUUGAAAACCAUAGAAACCACCAGAACAGCCAAUGGAUUGACCAAUAUUCUGUCGUCAAUCUAAAGAGUGAAGUAAAUCAACCGAAUAAAGUUCAAUUGGGGGAUUCUAAACCAAAGCCGUCUCCAAGAAGUUAUGAGCAAGUCACGACUUCUUCUCCAACCUUACCUCAGAAGACUUCACCAUCAGAAAUACCAGAUAAUACAUAUUUUGAAACUCGAAGAAAUUUGCUUUUAUUCCUAGACGAUCAUAGAGCCUAUCAUGACAGAGAAAGAAAUUAUUUCAUCAGUUUCAUAUCGAAACAGAACAAACCGAACGAGGAUGAUCGAAAAACCACCUCAAAAGAACCAAAAUUAAAGGCUAAAUUAAUGUCUAAAAUAAAAUCUUUGGUCGGGCAAGAAAAUAUUUCCCUUGAUAAAAAGCGUGAUAUUGAAAAUGCACUUCUCAGAAAACAAACAUUAGAAUUUUUGAUAAGUCAAAAAUGUUAUAAUGAUUUGGAAGGAGAUGCCUCUUACAAGUUUUAUGUAGAAUAUCCCGUAAAAAGGGGUAGUGGAUCAUUGGGAUCUGGUACACAAAAAGAUAAUUCCAAUUUCCAAGAGGACUCCACUUUCUGCUCUCCUAGAAAGCUCCCUGUAAACGGAAGUCCCGAAUCACAAAUCAAAAAGAGUCAAAAACCUCUGAAAUCUUCUCUGGAUGAGAAGGUAUCUAAGACGGACAAAAUUAAAACACAGGAAGUACCUUAUUCUAAAAGUAAUCAGCAAAACGAAUCUACUAAUUAUUUACUAUUCAUGGAUCAGAGUAAAAACUUUUUAGAUAGUCAAAGAAAUUACAUAAAUACGGAAAAUAAAAUAUGGUGCCAAUAUCUUAAAUACAAGCCAGAAGCAGGUUGGAGUAGAAUAACUCCUUCAGAAUCUAUAGAAAAGUCUAAUGAAUCCCGGUACAUUUCAACUACGUUGAAUGCUCCUGUUAGAAAGUCAUCUUCUCAAAUCGAAAGUGAGAAAAUAGAUCAUGAAGUUAUUCUUCAUAAGACUAACCUAUUUCUGAUAGAUCACAAGCGUUUCCAUGAUAAUUUACAAAUGGAAUCAUCAAAAUUCGCCUCUAAACAGCCUAAGAAGCCUGCUGUUGAAAGUAAAAUUAAGAAAAAGGGAGAAGGAGUUUUAACGAAGGUGAAAUCUUUAUUACCUUCCGGACAUACAAAAAAUCGUUCAUACGAUAUACAAAAGGCUGACGGAAUCAAUCAAAAUACAGAGGGUCAAAAAAAUAUUUACGUAGAAAGGAAAGAAAAUCUAGAGGUGAUAUCAUCAUCAAAACAACCAGAAACGGAUAUCAAGAAACUGAUGAUAUCAUCAAAACAACCAGAAACAGAUAUCAAGGAACUGACGAAAAACUUCUUGAUAGAUCAUCAAGAAUAUCACAACCAAGAAAAAUUGCAUUCUAAAACUAGGUUAUCGAAAGGAGAGGAAAAAGAAAAGAAGUCUAAAAAAGGAGUCAUGUCCAAAAUUAAAUCUUUAGUAAUAGGUGAUUCACAUAAAAAGAUUCCUUCUAAGAAACCAAUAAAUUCGAUAUCCACUGAAAAUGUUGACGAACCGGAUACUAAAAUAACUGAUGAAAAGAAAAGGAUUUCGAUAAGAGAAUAUACAUCCAGUCCAGAAACGUACAGAAGAAGCAGACCUAAAAAUUCGCAGGUUGCAUCUUCCAAAGCAGACCAAGAAACAAAACCAAAACAAGAAAUUUUGGAUAACAAAAAACCUACAAUAGUUAAAAAUGAGGAAUUCCGAAUUUCUAGCAUUUCCUGGUCUGAAAGACAGUUACAUCCCCUGGAAAAAAAUUAUGCAUCAACGGAAGGCGAUGAGUCAACAAAUUUAGAGAUAUUUGAGAAAGUUGAGUCAUCAAUUCACUCUAAUCAGUUAGAAGUAUUGCCAGGGGACGAAAAAAGAAGAUAUGCUGCAGCAAAAAUAAAAACACAAGAAUUCCUUUUGAACGAAAAACAAAAUUUGGAUAUUAUUGACAAAGUAAAAAUAAAAGAAUCAGAAGAUUUCAAGAACAACAUUUCACCAAUAUCCUUUACUAGCAAUUCUGACUCAGUGGAAAAUAUACCAUCGAUGGAAAAAAAUAAGAUUUGUAAAGCAGUAUCAGAACAAAAUACAAACACCAAAAUAAAUUCAAGAACAAGGGUUGCUCCCCUACCUUCAGCACCUUCACUGGAAGAAUGUGAAGAUCUCAGUGAUCGUGAAAAAGAAAACGUAAAUUCUGUGAUACAUAGAGUUGUAACACCUUUAUCUCCAACUAAAACAAUAUUCAAAGAGAUCAGAAAACGAGAAGAUAGUCCAGAUCGGAAGGUAUACAUUGUUAAAGAAGGAUACAUGAUUACAAAAGAGAAUAAAGACGAUAUGACAUUGAGCAAAGAUGCACGAACGCGAAUAGAAGAUAGAGCAAAUCAAUUUUCUUCUAUCGAAAGACAACCCUACCUGAAAGAUGGAAUUUCUGGAGAGAAAAACAUAUCUCUGCCAAGAAAUUUUGUUGCACACUUUGAUGGCUCGGCCUCACCUAUAACGAAAGCACGAAACGAAGGUCAAGAUUACGUGGAUAGAAGCUACGAUUCACCUUCUCAGGCAGUACCACAAGGCGACUUAGAGGUUAGAAGACACCACACCAAAAAGAGAACAAUGGCAGAAGCAGAACAAGGACCUGCUACCAUCAAGACAGAAACUAGAAUUCAGCGAGGAAGUAAUGGACAAAAAAAGUAUACUACUUCAUGCUAUCUCAACAAAAUUUCGACACCCGUAUGGUAUACAGAGUCACUCUUGUUGGAUUUAGAAGAGAAAACUAAGAAGACUAACGUCAAGGUUUAUUAUGAUGACCUUUAUCAACCAUACCGAUGGGAAGAAUCUUUCAACACUGAUCUGACAACAGAAAAAAAAACUUACAUAACAGAAGUCACAAUUCCUGUCAAUGUAGAUUCAGAAGAAAUUCACUACAUUUCAUUAGAUGACCAACAGCAAAGAGAUAAUCAAGAAAAGUAAAUAUCACUAUGAACAUAUCCUGUAUAUUAAUUUUAUCGGUUUAUAAGAACAUUCCCGUACAUCUGUACAAAGUUCUAUGUUAAUUAUAUUUUAUAUUAUUAGGUAUUUUUAUGAAUGAAUAUUAUAAAUAAUCAUCGAUUUUUUUAAA